AUGGAUGCCAGCGUGUGGCAUGCCGUCUGGCAAGGCUUCCUGGUAGUAUUGUACUACCUAACAUACCCUGUUUGGCUACUCAUCAACGCUCUCCGCGCGCUGUUAGGCACUCUCCUGCUGCCGUUUGUACACAUGGCACAAGGCAUGCUCUAUCUGAGUCUUGCACCAUUCAGAUUAUUGGCAAAGCUUCAGCCCCUGUUCCUGUUCCUAGGAUGGGCGGUGUUGAUUGGUGGUGCCACUGGCUUGCUGUUAUUCGCAGUGUGGCAUUGGGCUAUUGGGGAGGAUUUUCAAGCAGUGGAAUCUCCCUCAAUUCUCACUCGAAAGAGUAGUGAAUCGUCAAAAUACUCAGAUUCGGAGUUUAACCUACGUUUGAACAAAGCGUAUAGUAAACCAAGCGGAAGCCGGUCCCAUCACGACCAGUUUGAUAACACACAUCAUAGAAUGUCAAAAUUCGGCGAUAUCUACUCUAAUUGGGCCAAAUCAGCAGACUUGUCUUUUGGAAAACAAAGAGCGUUGAUCUCGACCACGAUAUUAGAGGAAGAGGAUGAUAAUUAUGACUCUGAAGACUACGAAUAA